GCCAAAAAAUCGCCAAAACUCGUGGUGAUCGGCCCAUUCUCUAAAUCUUUUUUCUUCCAAAGAAAAAUACUCUUCACAUUCUUUCCUUCCCAUUUCCUCGGCUCUGCCAAUUCUCCUCCGGAUCUUCCUUCUCUCUGCAAAUUCCGACCGCCACCAUGAGCAAAGGACCUGGACUUUUCUCCGACAUCGGCAAAAAAGCCAAAGAUCUUCUCACCAGGGACUACAUCUCCGAUCAGAAAUUCUCUGUCUCCACUUAUAGCCAUGCUGGAGUGGUCCUCACCUCAACAGCAGUGAAGAAAGGGGGGCUUUCAACUGGGGAUAUUGCUGCGCUGUACAAGUACAAGAAUGUUACAUUUGAUGUCAAAGUUGAUACAGAAUCAAAUAUAUCUACUAUCAUCACUUUAAAUGAGAUUCUCCCAUCCACAAAGACUAUUGCUUCAGUUAAAUUGCCUGAUCAUAACUCUGGCAAGCUGGAGGUUCAAUAUUUCCAUGACCACGCAACCUUCACGACUGCAGUUGCCUUGAACCAAAACCCCUUCAUUGAUGUUUCAGCCACCAUUGGUACUCCAAGCAUUGCCUUUGGAGCAGAAGCAGGUUAUGACACCACUUCUGGUAAAUUUACUAAGUAUGCUGCUGGCAUUAGCGUGUCAAAACCCGAUUCAUCUGCAUCGGUUUUCUUAGGUGACAAGGGAGACUCUAUAAAAGCUUCCUACGUGCACCAUUUGGAUCAGCUCAAGAAGAGUGCUGCAGUGGGAGAGAUUAUUCGGAGAUUCUCGACGAACGAGAAUACUUUCACGGUAGGAGGGUCGUAUGCUGUUGAUCAUCUGACAGUGGUGAAGGCAAAGCUGAACAACAAUGGGAAGCUUGGUGCACUCCUCCAGCAUGAAAUUGUUCCAAAAUCUUUGUUGACCAUCUCUGGUGAGAUUGACACCAAGGCAUUGGACAGAAUUCCCAAAUUCGGUUUGGCUGUUGCCCUCAAGCCCUAGUUUUUUGCAAAGGUUUUUUUGUGAAGAGGACUCAAAUUCUUGCGUUGCUCGUGAAAAAGAAAGAGCACCCAAUAAGUAGUUCCACAGAUCCAUUUGUUUAGGUUUUUCCAAUGCUGUGGAUUGUUUGUUACUAUUUUUCCCUCCCUUUAUUUUGUUGGUUUUCCUUUUUAGGCUUUUGGAGGCAUUUGGUCAUCUUGACAACCUAAUAUCUUCUUAAAUUGGAGAGAGUUCAUGAUUCUUGAUUGAGUCAAAAUGUUCUAAUUUCGUUGCU